AUGCAUUCAAACGUGAACUUCUUAAGCGAUGGUGAAACCCUCGCUGGUAUCCUCUUCCGUCCCGAACGUGCCGAGGGUAAACUGCCCACUGUAAUCUGUGCCGGUGGAUGGUGCUACACCAAAGAAAUUGUCCUUCCGCACAUAGCCAAGAUCGUGAACGAGGAAGAAGUGCAAGUCCUUGCUUUCGACUACGCUGGGUUCGGCGAGAGCUCAGGCGCCCGCCGCCAGCAUCUAGAUCCGUGGCAGCAGAUCUCCGAUUAUCGUAACGCCUUGACCUACGCCGAAAGCCGCGAUGAUGUGGAUGCCUCGCGGCUGGGCUGCCUGGGUAUCUCCUACAGCGGCGGCCACGUUCUAACCCUCGCCGCGAUCGACCCGCGCAUCAAGUCAAUUGUCAGCAUUGUGCCCGUUGUCGAUGGCUACAACAACCUACGACGCGCACAUGGGGAGCGCCGCUUCGCGGAUCUGCAAGCAGCCAUCCUCGCAGAUCGAAGGCAACGUGUAACCUCGUCUGCUAGCAACAAUGAGGGUACGAUUGCAAUGGCGUCCCGAGCGCCAUAUGAUGAGCUCUCUGUCUGGCCCUUCCCUCGUGUCUACGAGGUGUUUAUGCAAGUGAAGCAAGGCGAGGCGCCCCUGCACGAGCACUGGAGCACGAUGGAAUCCGCUGAACUGCUGUUGAACUACAGCGUUUCACCCUUUCUGGAGCGGAUUCUCAACACUAGUGUGAUGAUGAUUGUUGCCGAGGGAGAUAAUAUUACGGCAUGGGAUUUGGAAAUACAAGCCUUUAAUCAGAUUCCGGCUCCAGUCAAACGCGUCGAGAUUUUGGCUGGUGUCAGUCAUAUGAGUUUGUAUUCGGACCGCGCAGAUACCAACGUUGCAGCGGCACAUGCUAAAGAUUGGUUCUCCAAGACACUGUAG